AUGUCUGAGUUUGAUAAGUACGCUACACCCCUCUCCUCGCGUUAUGCGUCUGAGGAGAUGUCAUCGCUCUUCUCCUUGAGACACAGGUUUUCUACUUGGAGAAAGCUCUGGCUAAACCUGGCCAUUGCCGAGAAGGAACUCGGGCUGUCUGUCAUCACAGAUGAGGCCAUUGCACAGAUGAGGGAGCAUCUCACGAUCACCGAUGAGGAGAUUGCUCAGGCCGCUAAGCAAGAGGCGAUUGUGAGACAUGACGUUAUGGCGCAGGUCCAUACCUUUGGUGAAACCUGCCCUGCAGCAGCAGGUAUCAUACAUUUGGGCGCUACCUCUUGUUUUGUUACCGAUAACGCGGACCUGAUCUUCAUGCGCGAUGCUUAUGACAUUAUUAUUCCGAAAUUGGUGAACGUCAUCAACAGGCUCUCAAAGUUUGCUUGCGAAUAUAAGGAUUUACCAGUUCUUGGAUGGACUCAUUUCCAGCCGGCACAGCUCACGACCCUUGGGAAGAGAGCCACCCUGUGGAUCCAGGAACUUCUCUGGGACCUGCGGAACUUUGUAAGAGCGAGAAACGAUAUCGGGCUAAGAGGUGUCAAGGGUACUACCGGUACUCAAGCGUCCUUCCUGGCGUUAUUUCAUGGCGACCACGACAGGGUCGAAGCGUUGGACAAGAGAGUUACAGAGCUACUGGGGUUCGACAUUGUCUACCCGGUGACUGGCCAGACAUAUUCCAGAAAGAUAGAUAUUGACAUUCUGGCACCGCUAUCAUCUUUUGCCGCCACUGCGCACAAGAUGGCCACCGACAUCAGGUUGUUGGCAAACCUGAAGGAAGUGGAGGAACCCUUUGAGAAGACCCAGAUUGGGUCUUCAGCGAUGGCAUACAAGAGAAACCCCAUGAGAUGCGAGCGCGUCUGCUCUCUGGCCCGCCAUCUGGGCUCUCUAUUUAACGACGCUGUUCAGACAGCCUCGGUCCAAUGGUUUGAGAGGACCUUGGACGACUCGGCCAUUAGAAGAAUCUCGCUCCCUAGUGCAUUUUUGACUGCCGACAUUCUUUUGAGUACUUUGUUGAACAUUUCAUCCGGUAUGGUGGUCUAUCCAAAGGUCAUCGAAAGAAGAAUCAAGAGCGAGCUGCCGUUCAUGGCCACCGAGAACGUGAUCAUGGCCAUGGUCGAGAAGGGCGCCUCGAGACAGGAGGUGCACGAGGCCAUCAGGGUCCUGUCCCACCAGGCGGCCGCUGUCGUCAAGGAAGAGGGCGGUGACAACGACCUGAUCGAGCGGAUCAAGGCCGACGCCUUCUUCCAGCCCAUCUGGAACGAGCUGGAUUCCCUGCUGGACCCCUCCACGUUUGUGGGCAGGGCCCCACAGCAGGUGGAGAAGUUCAUCAACAACGACGUCAAAUCUGCAUUGGCCCCCUUCAGCGAACACAUCACCGAUGCCGCGUUCAACCUUAACGUCUGA